UUCAAGCUAGCACUAGAGCAUAAAACAUAUUUGAAUUCUUAUAUAUGUUCACAGAAAGUGAAAUAUAAAUACCCUUUAUCCAUAUCCAACCAGCUUGCAGCAGUUACAAAGUCUGAGAAGCUGCCAAAUGUUCAGUAUAAAGCCUAAAUUAUAAAGAAACAAACAAAUGGAACCAAUAUCAGUGUGUGACCUGUUCACCUCUAAAAACUGAACUAUUCCAAAGUUUCACUCACCACACUACCCCUCCUUAUAAAAGCCUAAACAAGCACCAAAAAUUCACAGCAAAACCAAGCUCGGUACCUUAAAAGAAGCACUUAGAAGCAUAAGAAAACAAAAGGAGGCAAGCAGUUUAACUUGUCAGGAAAAUGGCAAGGAAGAGAAAGGCUUCUGAAGAAGGUAAAGAGAGAAAUUUAUCUGAUGAAACCAUGGCAUGGGAUGAGGUGAUGAAGGAAGCUGCUGCACUAGGAAGUGGCAGGAAAUUGAGGAAGAGAUUUGUUGGGGUGAGGCAAAGGCCUUCCGGAAGAUGGGUGGCUGAGAUAAAGGAUACAAUUCAGAAGAUAAGAGUUUGGCUAGGAACCUUUGAUACAGCUGAGGAAGCUGCAAGAGCCUAUGAUGAGGCUGCAUGUCUUCUUCGAGGUGCAAAUACUAGAACAAACUUCUGGCCCGGUUAUCAAUCUUCCUCUACUCCUGCUCUUCCCUCAAAGAUUACCAAUCUCCUCCUUCAAAGGCUCAAAGCAAGGAAUGACACUAGAACAAAGCCUUGCACUGUUUCUUCAUCUUCCUCCUCCACAUCUCUUAUAAUCAACCAGCAACAAAGCCAACAAGAAGAUGUACAUGGAAAUGAGUCAACAUAUUUCACAUUGGACCAAUUCUCCGAUUUCCUUAAUGACCCUGAAGAUUACAGCACAAACAACAAUGAGUUUAGUAAUGACAGUGCACAAAUUGAUUGCAUCACAAAUAGUCUUGAAUCAUGUUUGAAUGAGAAUGAUGAUUGCAGGGAAAACGAAAAAGAAAUGGAAAUGGAAUUUGACUUCAACAGUGUGACACAAACAUCAAGUGCUGAUGUAAAUUCAGGAGGGGAAAGAGAGGAAGACAGUGAAGAAGGAACUGAUUUGAGUGCUCAGGAUUUUCAGUUCCUAGACAAUGUUGUUCCAUCCAGUUAUCAUUAUUCACUUUUUGAGAUCACUGAAGAGAUUGAGGAGCAGCUGGAGGCUGAAAACUGUGGUGAUGAGCCUCCAAUGUUUAGAGAAGUCUUGAAGAGAAUGAAAUAUGAGAGGAAGUUUUCAGCUUCCCUCUAUGCCUUCAAUGGAAUACCUGAAUGCUUGAAGUUGAAAGUUGAAUCAGGAAACAAACAUAGAAGUGAGGUUUGUAUUUCUAAUGAACUAACCAACCUCAAGAUGGCUUGCAGCAAAAACAAAAUUGAGGUUAUUGAGAAGAAUGAAGAACACAUAGAAGCAAUGGAUAGGAAAGAGACACAAACAUCAGUUGGCAUGGAUUGCUCUUCACCCUCUUUUUCAUCCAGUAUUGAUGAUGAACUGUUACUAUGGAAUUCACUUGAUCUUCCUACUGUUUGUUGUGUUAACUAGCUACCAUUCAUUUAUGUAACAAUGAAAUAUUCUAUGUAACAUGUACGGUAAAAUCGGAUUUAUGAAAUGAAAAAUAUAUUAUAGUAAAUAAUGUGUAGUUAUUUAUUUCUGAAAUCAUAUUUCCUUAGCUCAUAUUUCCAAACAAACAACCCCUAAGGGUCUAAAAAUCAAACAAGUGGGCUACAUAUCUUGAUGAUUUCUUUCAAAAUGGUGUUUUCUUCCUGCAUCCCAUUAUUUAUGAUUUUUUUUUCCUGCACUUCAUCAAUUUUAGAAAAUGAAUAGUAUGCCCUUUCCAUUUUAUAAGAACCAUGAAAGUAGAGGGGUCGAGCCUUUAAGAUGGUAUAAUUUGUGGCUAGAAGAGGAUAUGUUGUAAAUUGCACAAUCUGAUUAAAACAAUUUCAAAUUAUCUAACGUAAUAAUAUUUUUAUAUUGAGUAAUCUGUAAACCAUUUUUUACUUUCGGAUUGACUAAUCGGCUAUUUGAUUUUUAACUUGAAGGAAGUUACAUGCAUGUGGUGUAAGAGAGACAUGUCUUCUUCUAGUGUUUUCAGUUCGAUUUAUAUAAUUUUAGAGUAAUAAAUUUAUAUUUUGAAUUUUAUAGAAACUUGUAACAUAAUAUGAAGCUUAUGACCCUGAGUGAUAUAAAUUAAAAAUUAAUUUGCCAUGAAGGCAUUCAUCCUCCUCCUAAUACUACUGUUUCAUUACUUUUUGGAUGAAUAUAUUCUUCCAAGGCAUGUUAUAUAAAAUUAAGUAUAGCUAAGGUUCCAACAUUUGUAAGAUCCCGAAUCCAUUUUCGAAUUUUUAACCAAUCUAAAUUGUGGAACUAAAAUAUAAAAAAUAAUUGCGAAUUGCAUAACCAAGUCUUUUCCUAAUUACCUAAAUAAAAAAAAUUCUAAAUUACACAAUACCCAAUUCUU